UGGCGCUCUUCGGUUUUCUCCCUCACAACGCUUCUCGAGCCGCCUCCCCCCGCCCCCCCCCCUCCGCGGGCCCUGCGGCCGAGCUCGGCCUCGUCGUCCUGCCUGCUGUCGUGGUGGCGGCGGUAGCUGGAGUCGUAGCACGCACAGCGACAGGCGGGGGCGGGGGGCGGCUGGCCGCGGCGGCUACAGACAACCCGUCCGGCUCCCUUCGUUCUUGUGUGACCAUCGAGGUGGCCUCGAAGAGAAACCGGGCGGACUGGGCCGGCGGCAGGUGGGGCUGCUCCGCCCCUCCCCCCGAGCAGGUAUAAGCUUUUGUGUGCAGGCAUGCUGCUGCUUUUUUGGAGGGUGAGUGGAUGGAUUCUUCUGAUAAGCAGUUUACACUGAGAACUGUUCUGAGAGAUGUGUUGCCAUGCCUCACUCAUGUUUAACUACCCAGAGUUAAACCUGAAAAAGAAAAUACAUUAUGGUGAUUCUCCAUUCAUCAUGUUGCAUUACCAGCGGUGGCUGAGCUGAAGUUUCCUAUACCUUAAGGAGAGUAUGUAUAAAAGGAAUGGCCUCAUGGCCAACGUGACAGUGACCUCCGCCACUCCAGAGGGCAGUAGCAGUUCUGACUCACUGGAAGGACGGAGUUCAGAUUAUGCCCAUAAAAGCUAUGAUGCUGUUGUAUUUGAUGUAUUGAAAGUAACACCAGAGGAAUUUGCAAGUCAGAUUACGUUAAUGGAUAUGCCAGUAUUUAAAGCUAUACAGCCAGAGGAACUAGCAAGUUGUGGAUGGAAUAAGAAAGAGAAACACAUUCUUGCCCCUAAUAUUGUUGCCUUUACAAGAAGAUUUAAUCAGGUCAGUUUCUGGGUUGUACGAGAAAUUUUAACAGCACAGACAUUAAAAAUAAGGGCAGAAAUAUUGAGUCAUUUUGUGAAAAUAGCUAAGAAACUUCUAGAACUGAAUAACCUUCAUUCUCUCAUGUCUGUGGUAUCAGCUCUGCAAAGCGCACCUAUUUUCAGGCUGACAAAAACUUGGGCACUUCUGAAUCGCAAAGACAAGACCACCUUUGAGAAACUGGACUAUUUAAUGUCUAAGGAAGAUAAUUAUAAAAGGAUGCGGGAAUACAUCAGAAGUUUAAAGAUGGUCCCCUGUAUUCCUUAUUUAGGGAUUUAUCUAUUGGAUUUAAUCUACAUUGAUUCAGCAUAUCCUGCUUCAGGCAGCAUCAUGGAGAAUGAACAAAGAUCCAAUCAAAUGAACAAUAUCCUCCGAAUAAUUGCUGAUUUGCAAGUCUCCUGUAGCUAUGAUCACCUUAUAACACUACCCCAUGUGCAAAAAUACUUAAAAUCUGUUCGGUACAUUGAAGAGCUUCAAAAAUUUGUAGAAGAUGACAACUACAAGUUGUCCUUAAGAAUUGAACCAGGAAACAGCUCUCCACGAUUGGUAUCUUCAAAGGAAGAUCUUGCAGGUCCAUCAGAGGUGUCAGCAGCUGUGAGGUUCAGCAGGAGACCAACCUGUCCUGAUGCCUCGGUGGCAGCCAGCCUGCCAACUCCUCCUGUACCACGACACAGGAAGAGUCACAGCCUGGGAAACAAUAUGAUGUGUCAGUUAAGUGUAGUUGAAAGUAAAAGUGCAACGUUCCCAACAGAGAAGCCACGCCACCUGCUGGAUGACAGUGUGCUAGAAUCCCACAGUCCUGUCAGAAACCACACACUAAACUCUGUUUUCACCAAUGGUAUUUCUAUAGGAAGCAGUGAAAGCUCAGAAUUUAGUGAGGAGCCUUCUUCAGGGCUUGAGAGUAUCUGCACGAUGAGAAAAGAACUUACCUGUAAAUUUAUGAACAGGGGUCGGUUGUAUGCCACGCUGGGGCCCAACUGGCGGGUACCAAUUCGGAAUUCUCCCAGAAGUCGAAGCUGUGUCUACAGUCCAACAGGGGCUUGUAGCUGCACAUCAGGGAGUUCCAUGGGAGUUGUUACCAUGGAAGGGCCAUUAAGAAGGAAGACGUUACUAAAGGAAGGCAGGAAACCUACGCUUUCCUCGUGGACUAGAUAUUGGGUUACCCUUUCAGGAUCGACUCUGAUCUACUUCGGAGCAAAGUCUUUAAGAGGCACUGAAAGAAAGCACUAUAAAUCUACUCCAGGAAAAAGGGUUUCCGUUGUUGGGUGGAUGGUAGCACUGCCUGAUGAUCCUGAACAUCCUGAUAUUUUUCAGCUAAAUAAUCCUGAUAAAGGCAAUGUUUACAAGUUUCAGACUGGUUCAAGAUUUCAUGCAAUACUGUGGCACAAGCAUUUGGACGACGCAUGCAAAAGCAACAGGCCUCAGGUACCUGCAAACCUUAUGUCAUUCGAGUAACAUGCUUCAGUGUGUGGUGUAACUUCAAGUGCCAAACUGCAGGAUAAGGAAUUAUUCCCACAGGAGAACAGAAGAAGGAGACUCCAGAAUGAGCCAGCUGUCUGUAACAGCAACUUCAGCACUUUUCUAUUUAACUUGAAAGUAAUUAUGACAGAGCUUCUAAAAGCAGAAAGUGAAUGUUGUCCUUAGAACAGGAUCCUAACCCAAUGCACUGGUGAGAGAAAUGAAUUUAGACUGAUCCAAGAUACAUCCUGCCCCCAACGCAGGAUCCUCGAGUCCUUGACUUUAGCUUUGUGGUCACAGACUGCCGUGGAUUUCUGUUCUGCCACAAACUGUGCAUCACAUCUUCUGCAGAUUCUUUUUUUUUUUACUGCUCUUUUUAUUGUUGAGCUGCUUUAUGUGACUGAAGAACAUUUAGCCCAUGUUGGGUUUUUCAAUUAUUUCUAAUGCACAAAACAAUUGACAGUGUUAACAUGCUGCAAAGUGUCGAUUAGAAUAGGACAUUGUGGAACAACGUUUUUCUAACCUUAAGUGCACUGAGUUGCUUGACAAUGUGGCUGCCUCAGAUUUUGUAUCAAACCUAGGGAUAAAACUGAUGUUCAUCCCUGAGCUAUUUGGGAAAUGUGUAUUUUGGCACAAGAUAAACCACCUGUAAUUUAGUGUUUCUUUCUUGGAAUUGGUUCUGCUGCUUUGUUUUAAUGUACAGGAGGUGCCCGGUGAUGUGAAGAGUAUUUUGCUGCUGAAAUCCACUUGGUAUUUAAGGCUCUUUCUGGGCUCCUUCACCCCAAAAUAAAUGUUUGCCUUAAAUUAUUUGAGAUUUCCCCCCUCCCUUUUUAACUAUGGGUGCUAUUCAUCUAAAAUGUUUAGCGGUGCAAAAGUCCCUUGCACCCACAGAGCUGUGUCAAGAUAUUCCUGGUUCAGAUAUUCCUGGUUGUCAGUGCAGAUGAGCAGGGAAAGCAUUCUUGCCUCGUUGGAAGGGUUCUUACCAUCCCAAGACUUUCCUUUUGAUAUUUCACACCCUCCUGUAAGCCAACAACAUGUUAAUGUUUUUGCUUCAUUAACCAAGGAAAGCAUAGCUGGAUUAAGCUCCACAUUUCCUUAGUUCCUGGUUACCUGAUCUCCUGAACAGAAUCCCUUCAGCAUAUAUUCAGACCUGCAAGAGCGAGGCUGCACGGCACAGCCUUCAGUCACUAUGGGAAGCCAGCAGAUAUUUUGGAUGAACGGAGCCCCAGAUUUGAAGAACUGCCCUGUCAAGGGACAUUAUCUACUGAUAUGGUUGAAUCUUUAUAUUUUUUUGAACCUUAAAAAUACAUAUAUAAUGUGGGUUUUUUUCUUUAAUGUUGAGUAUGUCGUUGAUUGUAAUCUGCUUUAAUUGUCACGCUGUAUGUUUUGUGUCAUAGUCCUGAGAACGAAACCCAGUAUGAAACCAGCUCACAAAUCUUGUCAUCUCCUUACAAUGGGAGUCAGGCAGCUUCUCAUGCAGAUACGUCCUUCAGCCUCCUUUUUAACUGGUCAGGUUGACUGGGUACUGUACAAUUGCUCUGUCAACCCAAAAGCUAACUUGGUAUGAGUGAGGCCAUACAAAGGAGUUUCUGUAGGUCUAAGAACAAACACCCACAGUGGCAGAUGAAUAGUGGGAUUUUGUUCAAUCAUCACCUUGGGCAUUUUCUGAUCAAGUGUUCUCUUGCACAAGGAGAUGCUGGCAGUUUAUACAUUUUGAUUUUUCUCCGGGAUGAAACAUUUGUCUGGAUUUGCAUCUAAAGCAAAAAAUGUAAGAAUGUGAUUUUGCAGGGUCUGUGUAUGUGUGUGCUGAUGAUACUCCAUUCUUCUUCAGAACACAGAAGGAGAAACAUCUUGGCAGCUACAGGCUGUAAUGGAAAGGUCCAGCCUCCAGACCUACUAGUGGAUGUAAACAAUUCAACAUGAUUGUUUGGGGGGAUUUUUAAUUAGGAAAGGACCCCAUCCUAGCAGCAUUCCCUGUUUUGAAUUCUCGUUUCAUGAAUUAAAGUGAGAGUCUCAUUAUAGCACUAAGGAGAAAAGAAUGGCUCAUUUUACACUUGUAUUAUAUUAACGCAGUCCUCUUUGUUCUCUGAACUCUUAUCUUCUACAACUUUUAAGGAUGCCAAAAAAAAAAAAAAUGCAAGGAGUGCCUGACUUGAAUCUGAGAAAUUAUAAUGCUGAAAUGGUUAAAACAAGAACUGGGCCUUCCUCUGCUGCCAAAAUGCUAAAAGCAACACAAAGGGAAUUAGGUCAUGCAUAAUUAAUUUCCAUCACAUCAAUCGAACAAUAUUACGGUAGAGUUCAGGUUGCCAUUCUGGAGAAGAGAACAAUCGGUACAGUAAGUUUGACCUCGCUUAGAGGUCAAAAUAUAUAUAUCAACUAGAGUGUUGAUGUUUUAGUUUUUCUCCCAAAGUAGAUUUAAACUAAAUACAUUCAGACCAUCCAGAGCAGGAUCUUCCAAUGUGAUGAUGAUUAGUCCAGCUGCUCAUGAUUAAAUUCACAAUAGUUGCAUAUUUAAAUCUUGCAGCAAAAGCCCUGUGCUUACUCUCACUUUCCAGGUCAGUGGAAGGUACACAUCAAAACAACAGUGGCAAUUAUGGGGCAGGCAGUCAAAGGGAUGUUUGAUCAUUUUUCAAUACCUGAGUGGUAGCAGAUGCAGCUCUCAACCAUUUGUAGCAAUGGGGAAUAUGAAGGUUACAGUCUAAGCAUAGGAAGUAAGUCCCACUGAACUCAGUGGGAUUUACUUCUGAGUAAGGAUAUCAGUAUUUAACUGUCAGAGCGAACAUUCCAAGAACAGCAAAUCCCUAGUUUGCCUUUGGUUUAAUUUUGUACUUCCUGAAGGAACAAGGCUAUGUAUUUUGGCCUUUGAAAAAUAAUCUCAUCUGAUAAGAGGGAAAAAAAGGUCUCCCCAAUCCUCACCGGCCUCCAUCAUUAUACAUCUGUCUCCUCAGCCACAAAGAAUUUAGACCCCAAACCAGCAGGGGCCUUGAUCUGACAAGACAUGAAUGAAAAGGACACUUGUGGUGGUGGCGCCCAUGAGGCAGAAAUCUCUCCUUAUGUAGUGAAUGAAACGUGCAUGUGUCUGUAGGGGGAAGAAAAUAACCUGGAAUUUAGCUACUCGAAAGUCCCUCUGCAAAUUUGCAUUUGGAAUGUCUAGUUUUUCAAGAAAAGAAAACAACUGAUGAUACCAAUGACUGAUCUUGAUUUUAAUUUGAUGUAUAAAAAGUAUGGAGUCUGGACAUGAACUUGGAAAAUUGUAUACUAAUGACUUGUGUGAUAAUGGAGUAACAUGGUGCAGUAUUCAGCAAUAGAGGCAGCUUUGCUGUACAGUGUUUCAAGAAGAUGAAAUAAAUGAGCAUAUGGAUAUUGUUGUUAGCAUAAUCCACAUUUAAAUGGUUUCCUAUAAAAGCAUGAACUCCACUUAGCUACUGGAUUUUUUGUGUGUGUGCACCUUUUACUAGGAAUUAAAUAAUAACGUAAAGCAUAUUGGUACUGUUUAAAAUAUCACCUCUAUCAUAGGGUAUUAUAAACUGUGAUGCAGAGGCCUCGUGCAUCUCUGGUGCACAUACAGAGCUUUUGAGCUUACUGGCUCCCCCCCCCCCCCGCCACUCAUUCCAGCAACGGCAACAGAUCCAUGUGUGCAAAGGCAGAGUUGUCUGUAUCAGCCUUCUUUAUGGAAGGGCUUUUACAGAUAAGUUCUCUCUGUGUGUACAUUUGGCAUCGGACUCCUAGGGUGUAACUACACAAUACAUUUGACUAGUGCCACUUCAUGAGUGUGUGACCAGACUCACAGUCAGACAUACAUCAGGGGAACCCACCUUAAAAAGUACUUGUUUGCUCAGCACUGCAAGGAGAUAGAUGGAGCUUUGGGCUCCCUCUCAUUCCACUUUCCGUAGUAGAAGGAGAGAGGACCUUUUCACCACUUUCCUCUGGCUCCGUAUGUCCUUUCUAGGACAUACAGGAAGCUGCUUCUGCCCCCUAGCAGCGCCAAGCCAAUGAGCACUUAUAAGAUGAGUUUCCCUCAAGUCCCGUCGCACACCCUUGACCCAGUAUGUGUGGGCAUAUUGUGUAGCUUGACCCUCAGACUACUACUCCAGGGAUAAUCUAUUUACCCAGCUAACCUCUUUGUUCAGCAACUUUAUGAAAAUUGUUCCUGUCAGUUGUUUUCAGGAUGACUGUUUUAAUGACAUGUGAAGCUAUCAGCUAUAUUGCAGCAAUAUUAUUUAUUGUUAAUUUAUUAGAGUGUAAUUUUAAAGUAAACUUAGUGCCAAAAUGCAUGUUUUUCCCUAUUAGCACUCAGUUGAGGCAUACACAGUAGCACUCAAUUUUUGACCCAUUUGUCACAUUGUGAUGUAAACCAGUUUUCUAUAUUUCAAUUUGUUUCUUGUGAAAAUUGUUGCACUAUUUUUUUUGGCCGUAUUCCAGCAGCCCACUGCAUGCCAUUUAUGUAAGGCCUCUUUCUAAAACAAACAGAAAAAUAAUACUUCUUGUGAAUUGUCUCACUCAUGAUAACCACUGAAAUUCUAACCCUUGCGUGGGAGUCGUUUAGGUUUUUGGCAAAGUAUUUUGUUACCUCAGUCUUCUAUCAGGUUGCUGUAUUUUUCAGCUUGUUACAUUGAUAAUGAUUGUUUCACUAAUUAAAAAAACUUUAAUGUAAAAAUAA